AUGGCUGCAAUAGCCUCCCAGUCUUCGCCAGCUCUUACCUUUGAGCUCAUUGCGAGGUGCUCUACGACUCGAGCGAGAGCUUCAACCCUGACUCUCCCUCAUGGACCAGUCCAACUUCCUAUGUUCAUGCCCGUGGCGACGCAGGCGUCGUUGAAAGGCCUGACACCAGAACAGUUGGAAGAAACAGGGUGUCGUCUAUGUCUAAACAACACAUAUCACCUAGGCCUAAAGCCAGGGCAAGAUGUUCUCGCCGCAAUAGGAGGAGCUCACAAACUCCAAGGAUGGAACCACAAUAUCCUCACGGAUAGCGGAGGCUUCCAGAUGGUCAGCCUCCUCAAGCUAGCCAACAUCACCGAAGAGGGGGUCCGGUUUCUGAGCCCCCACGACGGCACCCCCAUGCUGCUGACGCCAGAGCACUCGAUCUCGCUUCAGAACACGAUCGGCAGCGACAUCAUCAUGCAGCUCGACGACGUGCUCGUGACGACGUCGCCCGACGCGGCACGCAUGCGCGAGGCCAUGGAGCGCAGCGUGCGCUGGCUCGACCGGUGCGUGGCCGCGCACGCGAACCCGGGCACGCAGAACCUGUUCUGCAUCAUCCAGGGCGGGCUGGACCUGGAAAUGCGGCGCGAGUGCUGCCGCGAGAUGGUGGCGCGCGACACGCCCGGGAUCGCGAUCGGUGGGCUCAGCGGCGGCGAGGCCAAGGCCGACUACUGCCGCGUCGUCGGCACCUGCACGCAGCUGCUGCCCGAGCUGAAGCCGCGCUACGUCAUGGGCAUCGGGUACCCCGAGGAUUUGGUCGUGAGCGUGGCGCUGGGCGCCGACAUGUUUGACUGCGUGUGGCCGACGCGGACGGCGCGCUUCGGGAACGCGGUCACGAGGCGCGGCGUCUUGAACCUGCGCAACGCGAAGUAUUCGAACGACUUCGGGCCCAUAGAGGAGGGCUGCGGGUGCGCGUGCUGUCGGAAGGACGGGGGCGGGAUGGGGGUCACGAGGGCGUUUGUCCAUCACAAUACGGCGAAGGAGACGGUGGCCGCGCAUCUGCUGACUAUGCAUAAUGUGUGGUACCAGCUGAACUUGAUGAGGGAGGUUAGGCAGGCCAUUAUAGAGGAUAGGUUCCCAAAGUUUCUGAGGCGGUUCUUUGGGGAUUUGUAUCCUGAUAGCAGCAAAUACCCUACUUGGGCAGUAGAUGCGCUUAGAGACGUAGGCGUAGAUUUAUAUGCGGAAGAUACAGAUUAA